CGCCCGGAGCCCCGCCCUAGUUCCCCGUUUGCUGGGGCCUAGGCCUGGCGCCAGCGCGAGACUCCCCGAGUGGCGGGGACCGGGCCAGAACGUGGGGGGUGGUGUCACCGGGCUGCCUUGGGCCUAGCCGAGCAGAGCCGAGGUGCGGAGGGAGACCCAGUGGAUGAGCUAAUGGUCCCUUCUGGCUUUAGAUUCUGAAAAACGUCAGAAUCACACCAACAGGAGAGCCGCUCAGGUGAAACUAGCUGUACCAAAGUCCUGUCAAAUGCUCAAAACAAACUGGAACAGAGAGAGAGACUCAUAUGAAUUUAUUCAUGAAAAAAACAUUGAUUCCUAUUUGAUCAAGCAACAAGAAGAAUAAUCUCCAACAUGUCUGAUUUGAGCAGGGCUGAAGAACAAGAGUUAGAAAAGAGCUUAGUUGAGGAAGGAGAUAGAACAGCAUCUAAAGCUUCAGAGGCAGAGUCUGCUGUCAGUUCGGAUGACAAUAAUACAACUUCAGGUAAAGGGCAUCGUGCUGGAAAUGAAAAGGAAGAUGUUAGCAACCAUGAGGACAGCACAUCAAAAAAGAAAAAAUCAGAACUUGAAGAUCAUCCUAGAAAAGUGCAUUUGGAAGAAGGGCAUGGGCAAACUGUAGCUGCACAUUACAAUGAACUUCAAGAAGUUGGACUAGAAAAACGUAGCCAGAGUCGCAUUUUUUUCCUCAGAAAUUUUAAUAACUGGAUGAAGAGUCUUCUCAUUGGUGAAUUUAUAGAAAAGGUACGACGUAAGAAGCGAGAUAUCACUGUGUUGGAUCUGGGAUGUGGCAAAGGUGGAGACCUGCUUAAAUGGAAAAAAGGCAAAAUCAGCAAACUUGUGUGCACAGAUAUUGCUGAAGUUUCCAUGCAACAGUGCCAACAGCGGUAUGCUGACAUGAAAGCCCGGUGUCGUUCUAAUGAAUACAUUUUCAGUGCAGAAUUUAUAACAGCUGAUAGCUCCAAGGAACUUCUGUCUGACAGUUACAGUGAUCCACAUAUGUGCUUCGACAUAUGCAGCUGUCAAUUUGUUUACCAUUACUCAUUUGAGACAUAUGAACAGGCUGACAUGAUGCUUAAAAAUGCUUGCGGGAAUCUCUGUCCUGGAGGGUAUUUUAUUGGCACAACUCCAAAUAGCUUUGAGCUUGUAAAGCGACUUGAAGCCUCAGAAACAGAUUCAUUUGGGAAUGAUGUGUACACCGUACAGUUUGAGAAGAAGGGGGAGUAUCCCUUGUUUGGCUGCAAGUAUGACUUUAACUUGGAAGGAGUUGUUGAUGUCCCUGAGUUCUUGGUUUAUUUUCCUUUGCUGAUAGAAAUGGCAAAAAAAUAUGGCAUGAAACUAGUCUACAAAAUGACAUUUCGGGAAUUCUACGAAGAAAAGAUUAAGAAUGAGGAAAAUAAAAUGCUGUUAAAGCGAAUGCAGGCUUUGGAGCCAUAUCCUGCAAAUGAUAAUUCCAAACUUGUCUCUGAUAAACCUGAUGAUUAUGAGCAUGCAGAAAAGCUCAUGAAAGAUGGCAGACCAAAGUUACCUCUGGGAACCUUGAGUAAAUCUGAAUGGGAAGCAACAAGUAUUUACUUGGUUUUUGCAUUUGAAAAGCAACAGUGAAAAGAACAAUACUGGAAGUAGCAAGAAGAAAUUGCAUCCUGGUACAAGUUGGAGUGAUGUAAAACCAUUGUGGCGACUAUUUUUUUAUGUUUAUUUUUUAAUUAUUAGAAGUGUGCAGGACACUACCAAAAACUAGGGCAAGCUCAUGAAUCUGAGUUACAGUUGCCUAUCUGCGACAGAUGGACUUUUGUGUAUAUAGAAGAUUGUCUGAGCCUGGUUUUUAAACAUUUUUCAGUAAUCUGCAUGCUCUCAGAAAUGCCGUUUGAACUCCACAACGCUCUUGUUUCCAAUAAGAAGUUUGUUAGUAAAGUUUGUUCAGGUGACCAAGGGCCUGGUCCUGGUCCUGUACCCGUACCCAUUGAAGUCAAUGGAAGGAUUUCCAGUGACUGCAGUGAUGUAGGAUCAGGGCCUUAGAGCACUGUACAGCAAAGUUCAGAUUGAUCACAGUGCAGCACUUCAACAGUGUUAAAUUGUAUUGAAGUUGUAGUUUAUGUAGGAAGGUCUCAAACUGUUCUUGUUUUUUGUGAUCACUGGUAUGUAGUGUCAUUACGUGAUAACUUCAAGAUUAAAUGGGUUUAUGUUCUGUACCUGAAUGUGCUGAAAGUAUUGUUAGAGAUGCCUUCAAUAACUGAA